AUGGAAGGAAUGAGGCGUAUAUUAAACCUUAGCUACAUGUAUCUUCCUGUUCAUCUUCGGGCAUGUUGCUUACGUCUUGGUAUGCAUCCAGAGGACUACGAGAUCAUGAGGGAUGAUCUUGUUCGACAAUGGAUAGCUGAAGGCCUUGUGCGCCGUUUACCUGGGCUAGAUUUGGAGGAUGUUGCAAGGAGUUAUUUCAAUGAGCUUAUCAACAGAAGCUUGAUUCAGCCUGAACGGACAGUCGCUGGGGAUGUGAUUUCUUCCAAAGUGCAUGAUGUGAUUCGUGAUGUUAUUAUAAGCAAAUGUCAAGAAGAAAAUUUCAUGAGUGUGGUAUACAAUUCUGAAGACAUGGCAAGAUUGCAUGAAUGCAAGCCCAAGGUCCGCCGAUUGUUCUUUUGCUCGAGUUCUAAUGAUGCCACAAAUGGUACAAUAUCAAGGGCUACUGGUCUGUCGAAGGUUAGAUCGAUUGUGUCAUUCGGAGGGUCCAAGUACUUGAAUUCUUUAUUGUUUUCCAAAUAUCUCCGGGUGCUGCUCACUGAAAACUGGGGUAUCACAGUUGAUCUCAGUGAUAUCAACCGCUUGUUUCAUCUGAGAUAUUUGAAGGUUACAGCAGGAAACAUAAAGCUUCCGUCUGAAUUGAAAGGACUAGUGCAUUUGGAAACACUGGAACUGACUUCUGAUUCAAUUCCGUCUGAUGUAGUUCAGUUGCCCCGUUUAUCCCAUCUGACUGCUCUAUGUCAUAGGCUGCCUGAAGGGAUCGGCAACUUGAAAUUACUGCGAACUCUGAAUGGGUUUCAGUUGACAGGUUGCUCCUCAGAGGAUAUCAAGGGCCUGGGCGAGCUAACCAAUUUGCGGGAGCUCUUUUUCGUCAUAGAAGAUACAACUGAAAUUGAUGAUGCUUUGGUCUCCUCCAUUGAAAAACUUCGUAAGCUGAGACAUCUCAGGUUUUCUCAUAACUGGUAUCUUGACAAUGACAGUCUGUCAUCAUUAUCCAAUCCUCCCCUCCUCAUCGAGACACUUCGGAUGAAAGGUAUCAUCACCUUCAGAAUUCCAAGAUGGAUUGGUGAUCUCCAUUGUCUCCAUCAUCUGGAGCUGUAUGUUAGGCAGACAUCGACUGAUGACAUUGGUCUUCUUGGAGAGCUGCCCUCCCUGAUGGAAUUCAAAUUAUGUUUGUUGCAUUUUGCUGCAAAUGGAGCUAUCAUAGUCCGCACAGGAUUAUUUCCAGCUUUGGAGUACUUUCAGACAUACUUUCAAGACGAAGAUCAUGAGCUACACUCUGCACAAGACGAUGUUAUGGCACACCUGUGCUUCGAGGUCGGGUCAAUGCCCAAGCUACAAAGACUCGAGCUACAUUUAUGGGAGGGGCACUGGGGCGGCGCUACCCCAGUCGGCAUAGAGCACCUGUUAGCUCUCCAGCAAAUCAAGUUGGGGUUCGCGUAUUGCGGCAAAGUGGACCGUCGUGCCGAGUCUGCGUUCAGGGACGCCUUGCAGGCGCACCCGAACCGUCACUCCAUUCGAUUCAAUUAG